UCGCCACUGCGGGAGGGGGAAGAAGAGGGAGACACACCACCGAACCAAAUUGCUUUGUAAUAGUGCCAUGAACACAUCGAGUGCCUUCUUCUUCCUCACCAACAUCUGUCGCAAGGCCUCCUUCGUCGCCGCCGCCACCACCCAGCGCCUGCUGAAGAAGAACAACCCCAAUACUCCUCUUCUGUGCCAUCGAAUUAGGUUAUUUAGCGUGAGCACCACAAUGCCAACACCUCAGGGAAUCCAUGGGUUGUAUGAUUUCCGUCGAGCAACUCCAGAAGGUAUAAUCAAAGAAACAGAUGCACUCAUUGCGCAACAGCGAGCUGUUUAUGACCAGAUAGCGGACCUUCCAAUUGAAAAAGUUACCUACGAUAAUGUUAUCAAGCAACUUGCAGAAUUGAUGGCCGAGCGUUCCACCCUAGGAUCGCCACUAGAUUUUCCACAACAUGCGGCAACUGACAAAGAAGUACGUGAAGCUUCAAGUAAGGCAGAGCAGAAGCUUGAAGAGUUUGAUGUGGAAAUGAGUAUGAGAAAAGAAAUAUUUGAUAGAGUGAUAUCAUUUAAGAAAACAGAUGACCUUACAGAUGAGCAGAAGAGACUGGUAGACAAGCUUAUAUUACAUGGAAAACGAAAUGGGCUGCACUUGUCUCAAGAAAUUCAGAGUGAAGUCAAGACUAUUAAAAAGCGGAUGUCGGAACUCAGCAUAAAGUUUCAACGCAAUUUGAAUGAGGACAACACCAAGCUGUUUUUCACAAAAGACGAGUUGGCAGGAAUGCCAGAUGACUUUGUCAAUGAACUUACAGAGGGGGAAGAUGAACUUGAAGUUACUAUGAAAUAUCCCCAUCUAUUCCCAGUUACUAAAAAGUGUCGAGUGCCACGUACAAGACAGUUGAUGGUCACUGCCAGCCAAGCCAAAUGCAUGGAGGAGAAUACUCCUAUACUAGAGGAAUUGAUAACUUUACGUCAGAAGCAAGCAGAUCUUUUAGGGUACCCGAACCAUGCGUCAUAUAUUUUAGAAGAGAGAAUGGCAAGUAAGCCUGAUAACGUGGAAAAGUUUUUAACAAAUUUAUCCGAUAAACUUCAGGUUUUGUGGAAACAAGAAAGAGUUGAUAUGCUCAACCUGAAAAAGGAAGAGUGUGAAAAAUAUAGUUACGAAUACUCUGGUAAGCUCGACUUCUGGGACUUCCGUUAUUACAUGAAUCAGGUAGAAGAAAAAAUGUAUGCUGUGGAUCAAAAUGAGGUCAGACAGUACUUCCCACUGGAGAAAGUAACUUCUGGCCUCCUAGGAAUCUAUCAGACUCUUUUGAGUCUCAAAUUUACUCAGGAACCUGAUGCAGACACUUGGCAUGAUGAUGUUAAAUUGUACCGUGUUAAUGAUGCCAAAACUGAUGAGAAGAUGGGUUACUUCUUUUUAGAUUUGUAUCCUCGCGAUGGCAAGUUUGGCCACGCUGCAAUUUUCCCUCUUCAGCCGUCUUGUGUCAGAAGUAAUGGUGAACGUCAGGUUGCAGUUUGUGCAAUGAUGUGCAAUUUUACCAAACCUACCAAAGAUAAACCAGCUUUAUUGGAUCACUCAGAGGUGGAGACUUAUUUCCAUGAGUUUGGUCACGUCAUGCAUCACAUAUGUUCACGAGCAACUUUUGCCAUGUUUGCGGGUACUCGAGUUGAGAGAGAUUUCUUAGAAGCACCAUCACAGAUGCUGGAGAAUUGGGUUUGGGAGAAAGAGCCUCUGUCUCUCAUGUCAGCCCAUUAUCAGACUGGAGAAACUCUUCCUGAUGAGAUAAUUGAGAAACUGGCGAAGUCAAGAAAAGCAAAUGCAGGUGGAUUCAACCUUCGUCAGAUAAUCUUGAGCACGUUUGAUCAAGCAAUUCAUAGGACAGGGAAGGCAGACACAAAGGCACUCUUUGCCCAAACUUACAGGGAGAUAAUGGGAAUUGAACCAAUACCCAACACUAACAUGCCAGCUAACUUUGGACAUUUGGCUGGUGGCUAUGAUGCUCAGUACUAUGGAUAUUUAUGGAGUGAAGUCUUCUCCAUGGAUAUGUAUGAAAGCAGAUUCAAAAAGGAAGGAAUAUUGAACCCAGUUAUCGGGUCAGACUAUCGCAAGCUUAUUCUUCAGCCUGGCGGAUCAAAGGACGCUGCUAUUCUCCUGAGGGACUUCUUGGGUCGAGAUCCUAGUCUGGAACCAUUCCUCCGCAGCAAAGGACUUCAAGCGUAAACCUAAGAAGAAAAAUGUAAAAAGUUUAGUGUAAUGACAUGUGGUUUGUUGUAAAAAAAUUCAUGAGAAAUAUGGACGAGUGGAAACUAAUUAAAUUGUGGGUAAUGGGAGAAGAAGAAAAGCUCAAUAAGCCUGCUCAAUAACAACGUCCAUGAUAUUGCUGUGCAUAAAACCAAAGGUACAAAAUUUUCUUACUAGAACUAUUUGAGAAGUUUGUCAUCUUCAAUUUAUGCAAAAGUGAUGAGAAUUUAUAAAUAUAUUUUAAAAAAUUUCGGUUCUGAAUUGAGCAAAAAUAUACCUGUAAGUUUUUUAACUCUUCAUGUGCAGUAAAAUGGGAGUAAGGAUUUGCCACUAAAGAGAGAAGGAGCUAUUUUAAGUUUGGUUGAAUAUUUUUAUUGUUGACAAUACUAACAAUGGAUUUUUUACUGAAGGGUAAAAUGUACAGGUUGUUAAAUGUAUAUUUUAUGUUUAUUUUUACCAUUCUGUAUAAGUAAAUUGAUUAUUAAAUUUUUAUGUUUUGUU